AUGCCGACGCCUGACAACAUGACGGUUCAUCGAACCGUUCGAAACGACGGGCAAGAAUAUCUCGAUCGCCUAGACAUAGGCAAAGAAGUACCCGCAGAAAUCGAGGAGCACCUUGUAAAGCUCUACUUUACUUGGCAGGAUCCAGCCUCGCAUGUGGUACAGCGGAACAUGUACGAGAGCGCAAAGUUGCGAUGGCAAGAGGGAACAGACACUCCAUACUACUCUGAAGCCCUUCGAAAUGCGAUCUGUGCUCUGGGGGCUGCAUUCGAAGCUCGUCAUCACCCCACUUUCGUCACGUUCCCAAAGUCCCUUGCCGACUUCUUCGCGGAUAGGGCAAAGGCCUUAGUUGAUAUCGAGCUAGAUAGUCCGUCUAUCGCGACGGUGCAAGCUAUGGUGAUUCUAAGUGGCCAUGACAUUGGGUGCAAGCGAGAUGCUCGUGGAUGGCUCUACAGCGGAAUGGCAAUGCGCCUUGCGUUUGACUUGGCCCUUCACGUCGACAUGACACAAUAUGUGAAGAGGGGGUCCAUCAGCGAGGCCGAAGCUGACUUACGAAAAACAGUCUUUUGGGGGGCAUAUACCGCGGAUCAGUUGUGGGGAUUCUAUCUUGGCCGCCCAUUCCGUAUCAACAUGGAAGAUGUCACGGCCGCAAAGCCUGGAAAUUCCACGACAGAGAGUGACCAGGGGCAAUGGGCUGCGUACAUAUCGGCGGCUUCGCCAGGGCAAGCCCAACCGGACUUUUCAGAAGAGCUAGGUCGUCAACGGGCUUUGUUGUGCGAAACAAUGGCACCGCUUGGUCACGCGCUGUACGGAAGUCGGACUAUUCCCUCUCACGUUUUGCAAGAGAUGAAUCAGAGAACCGUGGAAGAACUGGAAGAUUGGAAAAACAGGUUGCCUUUAGCCCUUCAAGUCAAUUUGGGCGAAUCCGACGAGACAACGGCUUACUUGCCGCAUGUGCUGCUGUUGCAUACUAUCAAGCAGUUAUUCACGCCCAUCGACCAUGGAUGUCAAAGCAUUACAUACAACCCCAGCCGCCUCGUGGGCCGGGCCACAGCCACGCCCGGAAGGCUUGCAUUGAGUCCGGUAUAG